AUGCUUACUGAACCAUCAAAGCAUGCAUGGACAUCUUUGGGUAUUGGCGGCACAAUAUCGAACAUUUCCGAUAGUUUUGGCUAUCACACAACGACAACUCCCUCGUCUACAUCAUCAUCAACUUCAUCAACAAAUGCUGGCGGUGGUGGUUCGAGACUUAAACAUGAAUAUGAAAAUGGAUCAGGACGUGGAAAUACCACGAAUGAUUCGAAUUCAAAUACAGGCCAACAACAACAGUCAUCAUCUUGGUCAUCGUUGGUUAAAUCUGAAUCACCACAUGGAUUGAGAGAUCCUUAUUCAACAUUUGCGAGUCAAUCAUUUUUUCCUCAUAAUGGACAUCGAUUUGGUAGUGGAGCAGCUGGUACAGGUCAAAUACAAUUAUGGCAAUUUUUACUUGAAUUAUUAGCUGAUGCAAGUGCAAAUUCAAAUAUUAUUGCAUGGGAAGGUUCUAAUGGUGAAUUUAAAUUAAUUGAUCCAGAUGAAGUUGCACGUCGUUGGGGUGAACGUAAAUCAAAACCAAAUAUGAAUUAUGAUAAAUUAUCUCGUGCAUUACGUUAUUAUUAUGAUAAAAAUAUAAUGACAAAAGUUCAUGGUAAACGUUAUGCAUAUAAAUUUGAUUUUAAUGGUUUACAUCAAUUAAAUCAACCACAAUUAUCAGAAUCACCAUAUACAAAAUAUCAACAAGAAAUGAUGCGUUCAUCACAUGCACAUGCUGCUUAUUUCAAAUGGAGUGCCUUAAGUUCAGCAGCAGCAGCAACAACAUCAGCUGUUCAUAUGCCACAUCAUCAUCAUCAUCCAACAACAGCGGCUGCAUCAACAGCUUAUACAAAUUAUUGGAAUCAUUCAAGUACAUAUGACUAUGCAGCUAAUUUUCCUACACCUAAUCCAUAUCUUCCAUCAACUUAUUGGGUUAGUCCAACAGCAAGUACAACAUCAAAUGGAACAGGAGGACUAUCAGCUACAAGCACAGCAUCUAAUGGUCUCUCACCAUCAUUACCUUAUUAA